AUGUGCCGGCCUUUGGAGAUGAGACCCAGAUUGGUGAUGAACCAUUGGCAGGAUGAGCAAGAAGCAUUCCUAAAAUUCAAAAAGGGAUGUCAUGUUGACGAGGAGAUCUCAAAGGAGACAAAUGAGAGCGAAGGAAGGGACCCACAAUGAUAGGGGAAGCGUCUAGAGUCAGUAGCAGGGUAUUAUGUUCUUCCAACCUCUGAACUCACCUCUAUAUUUUUAUUUACUAGUACAUAUUGC